UUAAUUGUAGAGAGAACUUCAUGUUGGCCAGAGAAAACUUUUAAUGAAAAACUGGAACAGCUCAAAGAAAGCGAGGACUAUGAGUUUCGAAUCCAAAAACUAAUAAGUUUUAUGAAUAUUGAAACUUAUAAUCUUUACUCAAAUCAACGUGAUCACGUGGAAAACAAUGACUUUAAGGACAUCGUUAAGAGAGUAGAUUACCUUGACUGUUCAGGUCUUCAGAUUACUGAUGCUGAAAAGCAGAGUAAAAGUUUUGAGCCGUUCUCUCAAUCCAGUGUUGAGGAUUUUCUUGAAUGGAUGACAGACUUUAACAAAGUCUUCAGAAAGACACAGUCUCCAAAAUGUCGUCUCAUUUUAUCUCUCCUUUUCUCUGAAUAUACAAAAAAAGCAAUGCUAGAAUUUAAACCAAAAGACCUUUCAUUAAUUAUUUAUCCAUGCCUGGAAUUCGCUAUUGAAAAUCAAAACCACAUAUUGAUUUUAGAGAUUGUGAGGUCGUACCUAAUUGAUUUUGAUUUUCAUUUGAGUAAACUGUUUAAAGACAAGAAAAGAAUUUCUUCUUUUAUGGACACUUUUUUGACCACAGCGAAAUACAGAAUUUUAAGAGAAUGUCCAAGACUUCGACAAAAUGCAAUCAGACUAUCGUUCUGUAGUGAAUGUAGUAAGGAAAGUAGGCUUGUGAUCAUGAUGUCAUACAAAGGUAGCAUAGAAACGAAAGACAGAAUUCUGGAAAAUCUCAUGGGGGUGAAUCUGGUAUUGUAUAACUAUACUCAACCAUCUGAUGAAGGAUAUACUGUCUUCAACUCCUCUUCUGCUUCUUUCUCAUCAAGUAACGUGCCUGUUAUACCAGAAAAUGACGCAAGAAAACUUUUCAAGAAGCAUUCCAACCUUACUCUGAUAUCGGCAUCUCCAUAUAAAUCAUCAGGAUAUUUCAAAGGAAAACAUGUCAUUGUCGAAAAACACUGCAUAAGCCUUUUGUGUUUGCAUAAAGGCUACAUUCCUUUUGGAGAACGACAGUUUCCUAAACAAAUUAAUGGCUUUGACGUAGAUGUUCAGGAGGGAUAUUGUUCUUUAGGAAGUGAUAGAUCUAUAGAUUUUGGAGGACAUAUUCGUCGUGCCAAGAGAAUAAAUACUCCUGGACAUGGAAGCAUCGGGGGUUUUGUUGAUUGGCCAGGCGAUCCAAGGAAUCCUAAUGGAAAUACAGUUUGUCUAAUAACCUGCGCUCAUGUCGUGUUUUCUACAGAAGAACUGAAAAUGUCUCGGGAGGAACUCAAAGAUAAACUGAAUAAAAGCAGUGAUUUUGAGGUUGAGGUUUUUGAUAAAAACCAGCAUAAAUUUCAAGUGUGUGGACAUAUUGUUGAUAAAGAUUUCAUAGGAAGGCGCUCAUUCAUCCACAAUUCCGUUGACGCAGCUUUGAUCAAACUUGACCCAACUUUAAAGGAGUUUGGGUUCCCAGUUACUCAACCAAACCAGUUAUACUCAGCAGGUUUUGACCCAAAUAAACCACCUGUUUUUAAAGGAGAUAUUGUUAAUGUACAAGAUCCUGACCCUCAUCUGAAAAUUAGCAGCAAAAUUCCAGAUAAAUUAGACAGUGUGAUAAAAUACGGAAGUAAAACAGGUUUCACCAUUGGAAGUCUCUACUUUAAUGGAGUACACGUUCGCUUUCUGGACGAAAUUGGAGAAUUGCCAGACAAAACACCGGCUUAUAUGUUCAAUCAAAUUGAAAUCCAAAGUCUUCCCCAUGGGACAUUUUUUGAAGCUGGUGAUUCUGGAGCGUUUGUGUUUUGUAUCAACCGAGACAAGACACUAAGCUGCCUAGGGAUGGCUAUAGGUUCGAGCACAAAGGGAUCCUGUCUAGUGACACCAAUGGUUAGAAUCCUUGAUUCUUUUGAACUCCCUCAUAGAUUAAAGCCGUGCUCUCCUUUUGUUUCUGGUGUGUCAGAAAAUCAUACAAGUUCACAGUCAGGAGAUCAGAGUCGUAUUCCAACAACAGCUAAUUUGGAAGCGUUACUGUUGAAUUUUCAAACAAACAUACAAACGUCAAUAGCAGAUGUGCAAACGGCACUUGAAAGAAAAUUUGAAAAUUUGAGAACAGAAGUUCGAGAAGUUCGAGAAUCGACCGAAAAAAUACAAACAGAAGUAGAGAAUCUGAAAACAAAAGUUGAAGAUUUAGAGCCACCAAGACAAAUUUAAACAGAAGUUGAAAACUCGAAAACACAAGUAAAAUAAACAAGAAGGAUACUUUUAAAACAGUGGUCUGCAAGCUCAUCUGCCAUCAGGAGAAAUUAACAAGGGUGUCAUAAUUUAAAUGUAUGUUGUUUUGCUUUGCGGUAUAUAUACCGUAUAUCAGGUUUUUUUUCCGUGUCAUGUUUUUUUCCGCGAAUCAGAACCCAAGUCAGUAUAUUAAAUUUACGCCAAUAAAAUUUUCACUAUUUCAAAGUCCCAGUGAUUAUAUUAUUCACAAUUGUUUAAGCCUAUAAAGGAUUGGGAUGUAAAAUGUAAAGUCAUUAAGCUCGAGUUACUUCACACGGAUGAGAAAUAGAUUGAUCGACCUUCACCUCGUCAAUUUCGGAAAACCCGCUCAGCUGAUAACUCACCUGUGUUGCAUACUAACUUUAAAAUUCACAUAUAUUAUUUUCUUUAAUCUAAGCAAUCAUAGGUUCGACAACUAAAGGGUGUUGUUUUGUGACACCAAUAGUUAGAAUUGUAAAUUCUUUUGGCCUUCCUCGUCGAUUAAAGCCUUGUCCUGUCUUCGUUUCUAGGUAUACCCCCAGAGUGCCAGAUAACCCUUUCAGUUCUCAAGUACCACAGCAAAGUGAUGCUUUAUCAGAAGUGAACUUAUAAGCAAUAUAUUAUUGAAUUUGAAUGCGUCAAUAAUGAAUAUACAAACGCGAGUAUGGAGUCAUCCAUUACAGAUGUUCAGAAUCAGCAAGCGUGUGUUCAAAAUUCUUUAACUACCGUCCAGGAAGAAGUCAGCGCUUUGAAAAAUGAAGUUAAAA